CUGUGAUCAGAUUGAUCUGUGCCAGUGAUCGCGUGAGGUUUGGGGCAGCUUCAAAUCCAAGUAGGGGCGCAACGUUUAAAUUGGGAGCAGCUUCAGUUUAAGGUAUGUGGCCAUUGGUCCAGUAGUAUGGCAGCUGGCAAUGGCAUGAUCAUUUUGCCAAAGUCGCCAGAGCUCAUCUGCGCAACCCCCCCAGGACCAAGGUUUCAUUGCGUGUAAACCAAGCGAGAAUUUUUACGAAGCUACCGGGGGCAGAAAACGGGCAUGAAGAGCCCCACCCUGAAGCAGGGCAGUCUUUCAGGGGGCAUGGUUCUAUCUCCCACAAACGUUCAGUCACAUUGAACCAGGUGGUUUGACGCCCUCUGCAUUGCAAACUGCAUGCUGUCCUCCUGAAUCCUGGAGGGAAGCAAAGCAGUUGUACUCCUUGCUGGUAUAUCAACAAGACAUAGAUCUUCUUGAGAUGGAGAAACAGGCGAUUGGGCCGCCAAACUCUGACCUUGUUGUCGUAGAAGGGAGGCUGUGCUUGAUUCCCAGCUGGCAAAAGCCGCAAGACAAUUGUUUGUAGUUUUCUGACAGACUGAACUACAUAGACCGUAAAAGUGGCAUUUCGGGGCCAAACUUGUUCUUUCAAGAAGAAUCUCCAGAGAGAGGUGCAAUCUUGUAACAUAAAAGUAACCUUAUAUCGUAUCUACCAUAACAUAGGUUUAAGUUCAUGUAACCUUGUAUUAGGUCCUUGUAUUUGGAGGUUCUUUUGACAAAGGAGUGAACGUGAGACAAGGACCCAUUGAACCGGAUGUUUCCAACCUAUCAACUGGCUCAAAAGAUCAAUUCUUUGAGAGCACCUGCAGUCUUCAAAUUUCUGCACCACCAAGUUAACACUUGACUUUGACAAUGGACAUCAGUGAAUCUGCCAAAAGUGCGGGCGCAAUAGGCUUGAAGGCUGCCGUUGACCUCUGCAUCCGACGCCCUUUGCUCAUCCUGGGGCUCGUCUGCGUUGGCCUCAUCAAUGUACUGGUUGGCACCUCGUGGGAAGACGUCGCAUUCGUGCAACAAAGGGCUUUUCUCGUAGCGGCAGCGGUCAGAAUCAGGACGACAUUUCAACCACACGAGCAAGAAUGUCCCGCCUGGUUUUCAGGGAUGUAUGAGGAUCUGGCGCCAUGGAAGGAGAAAGGCAGCAUCAGUGCCCAGGACAUCGAGGCUGCUCUGCCGGGCGCAGCGAUUCACUUCACAAUCAUUGGCGGCAAACUGUAUGCAAAGGAGAUAAAGCCCUGUUUUCCAAACCGUGCGCGCUACUCAACCUGGGGCCUCCUACAGCUCCUUCGUUACUUCCCUGGCCAAGUACCCGACGUCGACUUCGUGUUUGAAUGCAACGACUACCCCCAAAUGGUCAGACCAAAAAACCCAGCCGAUCCAACUCCGGUUCUGCUGAACUACGACAAUAGGGAGGGCAAAAUUGAUGUGCCGUUCCCUGACUGGACGUUCUGGGGGUGGCCGGACCUGGAGAUCGCCAGGUGGCGCGAUCAAAGCCACAGGAUCGACCGGGCCGCGAGGGCGGGGCUAAAGUGGAUCGACAGAGAAAAGACGGCGUUCUGGAAAGGGGCGGCCUGGUUGAACGAGGCGCGGAAAGCGCUCGUGCGGUGCACAGCGGAGGACCCUUCGUUUCUGCUUUCAGCAUACGACAAGAGCUGGGGCAACGUGGCCGCGCACGAGACCAACUUUACGGACGCUAGGUUAGAGGACCAGUGCGGUUAUAGGUAUCGGAUAUAUGCAGAGGGGUCUGCAUGGUCGGUUAGUAUAAAGUACGGGUUAGCGUGCGGGUCAACGAUGCUCCUGGUCGAGCCAGUGUUUAAGGCGUUCUACGACCACGGCCUGCGAGACGGCGAGAACUGUCUCGUGGUUCCGAAGCACCCGGCGCUUUGCGAGAACAUGAGAGACAAGGUUAGGUGGGGAAAUGACAACCCUGAGCUAGCGGGGGGGAUCGGCGAGGCGGGCGCCAAGUUUGCGCUUGAAGACCUCGACAUGCACAACGUCUACUCUUACAUGCUGCACCUGCUGAAAGCGUACGCGUCGUUGCAAGACUUCGUUCCAGGUCUGCACCCCGACCUGAAAAUCGUGACCGAGGCGAGCAUCCGCGUUGAGAGCUCCGACUUCGAAAAGCGGGACUACCUUCUUUCCGAGUACCCUGCAUCAAGACCGCCCUGCAUAAUGCCGCCCGGGGGGGAAACUGAGGAGCUUUGAUCGUCGGCCAUGCAACCGGUGCUUGUCAAACGAGCUGCGAACGGGCUGACGGCUUGGGACGGGGGCAGUCGGAAAGGUGAAUGGGACAGUCCUUGACCGGCACAGUUCCCUCCAGAGCACUUUUGCACGAAGGGCGAAGGAGGAUCUGAACCGGGCAGCUGAUCUCCUGAAAAACGUAAGGGGCUGGUUGACACAAUGCAAACACAGCGUGCGCCUCGACUGGCUUUCAAAGCCCAGGGGCGUCCCCAGGGGAUGGUAAUUCUUCGGGAAAGCUAAUUUAUUGCUGCCAAGCGGGCACCGUUUGCGAGAGGCUUGCAUUAUAUCGACGGUUGACGGCCAGCAUCAGAAAUAGGGCCCUUGUAGACCGCACGUUUGUCCGUUUUGAUUUGGUGGCGGACUCUCCUCAUGUCGGCGCUUAAGAACUAAUAUUUAAUAGAUUAAUAAUCAAUUAUUAGUAAUCAAUAAUAUAAAUUUAUGAUAGUAUGGGACAAUUAUCAGGGGGCGGUAUUUAUGUGUCCUGACUCCUCGUCUUAGCAGCUAAAGUUGUUGCGGUGUGUGCUUUGUAACGGAGUGGGUGGAUUUUUCGCACUACUGCUAGACGAUCAUUAACGUGACCCCCACCGGACAAGCCUAAGCACUGCCGCAAUUGCGGCCCACCACCAAAGGAAGGAGGUAUGUGCAGACUAAUCAGGCCA